AUGCCAGAAACUGUUAAUACUGAAAUAUCUGUGAGUGAGACGAACCGUGUUGCUGAUGUUGAAACUACGGAAGUGCUCUUACCUUCUGCACAGGAACCUUCUAAGCCAAAGCCGAAAAAAUCUCGUAUCGAAUCGACAGCGAGGAAAUGUCACACUCGAGUAAGAGAUCCCAAUUUUAUAUCGGAAUCUGACAACGAAUCACGCGUUUCAGCUUCAAAAGCCCUACCGCGUAAGAAAGCACCAGUCAAAAGCAAGGUUGCUGAUACUGUUUCUCUCGAAGAAAAUACAACGGCAAAGUGUUCCUCUGAAAAUUUUCCUGCAAAGAAAACACAAUCUACCGGCAAAAAAUCAAAAACAAAGAAAUCGACAAAAACCAUUUCUAACGGAAAAAAAGAGCUACCCACUUCAAACGAAUUGAAUUCCUCAGAUUCUGUAUCUGCUGAUGCACUUAUCGAAAAAAUCCUUGCUGAAUCUAGAAGUUUCACUUCUAUGGCAACGCCUGGUACAGAAAAGCCAAAGGCGAAAGUAACUCGACGCAAAUUGUCUACGGAUUCACGCCCGUCAAAAAAAGCAAAAAUUUCCGAAGAGCCAAUAGAUGUCGCACUUUCCGUCGAAGAAAUUAUGUUGAAAUAUUCUGGCGAUGACAGCACGGAGGGUAAAUCGAAAGAUAUAACCUCUACGAAACGUUCAAAAUUCAAAGCUGGGUCAAAGCCUCUUGGCGAGUCAUCCGCGAUGGACAAGAAAUCAUCGCCAAAGAAGAACAUCAAGGUACCUAAUCCGGAAGCUACCAUGAAGACCUCAGCAACAGCGAAAAAGAAGAGUGCAAAGAAAAUGACUUCGGUUGCUCAGGAGUCAUUUUCGGAAGAAUUCGAUCCACUGAGUUUCGUAGAAGAACUCCUGCAUGAGAGCCAUGGUGCUUCCCGGAAUUCCAUGCCACCUACCUCACCGCCUAAAGGGAAACCUGUAAAGGGACAGAAAGCAUCAGUUCAAGAACCUAAAUCUGUAGCUAAACGGCCAUCUAAACAACGGAAAGCUCUUUCAUAG